AUGAGUGAAUCGAGUGUAAAGCAAAACGAUUCCAUCGAAGAUGAACAAUAUCGACGGUUAAGACAGGAAUAUCGUAGUAUGAUCGAACAUGUUGAACAAAAUAUGGAACAGUAUGCCCAGCCAGGUUCGUCUGGUAUUAAGGAGACAUUAGAAAAAGCUGCCAAUUUAAUCCGUGGAGUGAAUCGGACGCGAGAGGCAGUGCUGGAUUCUCAGCUAUUAGUUGCCGCUAGCAAAAUAGCCAGGAAACAAGCCCAGAAUGUCAGUAAUGAAGGCAACGUAUUCGAUACUGAUGCCUUCAUUAACACCCUGAAAACCUACUUGUCCCCUCAUAACUUUAACCAUAGUGUCAGUGACAGUCAGGAAAUGCCCUUAGAUUGGGCGAAACUUGGUAGAAGAUGUCUUCGAUGUUUUCGAAGUGUACCCGCUGUCAAUACGAUGUAUGGUCCUGCCAAAAUACAGCCUCGGGUUAAAAAGCAAAGCAAUCGUUCAUCACGUAAAGAAGCCGUUAUUCCGAAUGCAGUAGUGCGACCGAAGGAGGAUGGAAAGGUCAAGAUAACUGUAGAAAACAAUAUUCCUAAGAUUGUUCCGUUGCAAACAGUAGAUAGGAGCGAAAGUGAAAAUUGUAACAAGAAACAAACUGUAAUUUCGCUUGAUCACAACACUUGGCAGGAGUUGAUUUCAUCGUUCAAGAUCGAUCGUUGUUUAAUCACACCUAGAGAAUAA